AUGCAUCGAGCCUACCAACCAAUUCUGCCAUGUGGCAACAAAUACCUUCAGCAAAAAUGGGACAAAGCUACAUACGAAAAGCACAAGAAAAAGAUCCAGACAGCUAAACCUGUCAUUGACACCUCUACUCCUCCAACAUAUGGACAUCUUCAUUUGAAGCUAAGAAAACUCAAGCUGGAUCGGGACCGCCUGUCAGUCAUUGAGCGAGACAAUCGUUUGCUGCUGGAAAAGAUAUCUUACAUCAUAAGGACUACAGGAAGAAUAGAUAACAAAAAUGAAUAUGAGGCCAAAAGCUUAAACAGAGAAAAACGAGGGCAAGAAUUACUAAGAAUAAGCCAAGAGAAUCACGCUAUUCUGGAACGGAUUAUAAAGUGUAAACCUCAGUACAGGGUCCAGAAGUGGAAUGAAGAAUGGCAAAAGACUGAAAGCUACACGAACAGUAUUGCAAGAUAUCCCCGAGAACUGUGCAAAUUGCAGGAUCAAAAGGAAAAAAAACUUAAGAAAACACCAAAAAGAGAAAAACAGAACAACAAGCAUUUGAAAGAUGGAUAUCCAACAGCCAAAUCAGAAGAGAGGAACAAAAACUUCACCAAAGCAAAUAUCAAAGAGAAUAUUCACUAG